AUGGCGUGGGGGCCCCCCUCGUUCGAGAGCAGGGGAGGGGCCCCCUCCUCCAGGGGCCCCCAGGGGCCCCCUGCUUCUUCUUCUGCUACUGAUGCUGUUAGAAAGGACUAUAAAAGUGAAAGCGCAGUGGCGCUGCAUGAGCAACAGCUAAGAAAAGAAUUACAAAGCAGCAACAGCAGCAGCAGCAGCAGCAGCAAGAGAAGCAACAGUAACGGAACUGCUGGAUACAGAGGCAGGCAGCAGCAGCAGCCCCUGCAGCAGCAUCACCUGCAACAGCAGCAGCUGCAGCAGCAGCACCUGCAACAGCAGCAACUGCAGCAGCAGCAAUUGCAGCAGUACCCACGGCAGCAGUCGUACACAGAACAGCAACAACUGCGUUGUUUGCACCCGCAGCAGCAGCAUUAG